AUGGCUUCAAAAAUCACCAGCUCCGACCUCCUCCCCAACGCCUCUGCCGCACUUGGCUUCGUGCUCUGCUUUUUCGGUGUAGGCACGUUUUGGAACCCGCAAAUCUUCUUAUUCGACAAUUGGGGUUUCCGCGGCGUACCGUCGGCCGCCGACAGGAGCCCGGAACAGAGACAGCAGCGCAGAUCAUUCCUAGCCCUGGCGCGCAUCUACGGCUCCCGCAAUUUCGUGCUCGGCCUGCUGACCCUGGCAAUUCGAUUGUCCGGCGACCGGAAGUUGAUGGGCUGGAGUAUGCUGCUUGGGACUCUGGAGCCGUUGGGAGAUGGAUUCAUCCAGUUUUCCUUGAACGGGGCUGGCGUCAUGAAGCACUGGAUGUUUGUGCCGGUUUCGUUGGGAGUAGGCGCCGGUUUGUUAGGGUGGCUGUGA